GCUAAAUCCACUGAUGACGUGUUGAGCAACAUGGCGGCGCCUAUGAUGGAGCACAACAACCACAGCAGCAAUGCUCUUUCUCAUCUAGAGCGUACAGAUUGCGUUAAACCUGAAUCUCCUUCAGAGGAUGAAAACUUUACAGAUGAUGUAGUUGGACUUGUUCAGAAAGAGAUAGGUGGCGAUCUUAAGUCGCUAAAGAAGGUGUCGGGGCUUUUAGAGAAAUUGACAUUAGAGAACAAGCAGCUGGAGGAGCAGGUGCUGACUGUGUCCUCUUCAGUGCCGCUGCGUGUGUCCGCUGCCCUGUCCACGGCAGAGGAGUCUCGAGUGAAGCUGGAGUCUUUACUGGAGAAGGAGAGAGUUUUGUCCAACACUUUGCAGCAGCAUCUGCAGGGCGCGCAGGUCUGGGCUGACAGCAUCGGGCAGGUCUUGGGUCAGCUAGACACAUUAGAGAGGCAUAUGAAGUACCUUCAAUGUCUGGCUCGUAUUGAGCAGCUCAGUGACAGCAUCCAGCAGUAUCUGAUGACCAAUAGCAUGUGGGAUGCAGUCGGUGCAAUAGACAGGAUGGCCUCUCUGGACAUGGGUUUGAGGGAGUCAGGCUGUAGCCACUUGCAGGCUUUCCUCAGAGAAACACUUCGCUUUUGGCACAAGAUCCUUAAAGACAAACUGGCCAGUGAUUUUGAGGAAGUCCUGACGCAGUUCCACUGGCCGUUCAUCUCGCCCCCUACACAGACCCUCUCUCCCCCAGCCAACGCACAGGAGCUCAACAGCCAGCUGGAGCUACUGGUCUCCCAACUUCUCUCUCUCCAGACCUCUGAUGACCUUAUAUCAGAGAAGAAAGAAAUACUGUCUCGUCCUGGGCAGUCCCAGACUCCUCCACUCUCAUUGCCCAUUCAGAUCAUGCUGCUUCCCCUCAGUAAGAGGUUCAGGUAUCACUUCACUGGAAACCGCCAGACCAACAACUUAAGCAAGCCAGAGUGGUAUUUGACCCAAGUCCUCAUUUGGAUGGGAAACAGCUCCAACUUUAUGGAUGAGAAGAUUCAGCCUACAUUGGAUCGUGCCAGGGCCAAAGUUAACGCAAGGGUGGAGCUGUGCAGAGGGCUCCUGACUCUGGCACAGGAGAAGCUCGCCCACGACACUCCUCGAUUGCUCUACGACGAUGCUCUCUUCUGCCACCUAGUGGACGAGGUGCUGCAGUUCGAAAAAGAGCUCCGCAGCACCCACAGUUACCCGCGAGCCUAUCCCGGCAUCUUGCACAUACUACUAGAGGAGACCGUGUUCCAGAAGUGGCUCAGUGUGGAGAGAAAGAUGGCUGUGGAAAAAGUGGACACCAUGCUGUCUGCAGAGGGAGCCUGGAGCUCUCAGUACAAAGACAUCACUGAUAUGGAUGAACUUAAAGCACCAGAUUGUGCAGAGACCUUCAUGACCCUUCUGCUGGUCAUCACAGAACGGUACCGCUCUCUGCCGUGUCCGCGGGCUCAGCUCAGUUUCCUGGCUUUGCAGAAGGAGCUGGUGGAUGAUUUCCGUAUCCGCCUCACGCAGGUCAUGAAAGAAGAGUCCCGACAGCCGCUGAGCCCUCGCUACUGCGCCAUCCUCAAUGCUGCCAACUACAUCUCCACUGUUCUCAGUGACUGGGGGGACAAUGUUUUCUUCUUGCAGUUGCAGCAGGCUGCAGUGUCAGUUGGUGAGGAGAUCCUAGGUCCUCUUGGGGCCACAGAGACGGGGCGUCUGGCCUCUCUGGAAGAAUCUUUGUUUGAGGCCCUGUUGGCCCUGCUGGAAAGGCUACGAGGAGACAUGCUGGGACGAUUGCUAGAUGCAGUCAUGAGAGACGUCAAAGAGAAGGCACAGCCAUACUGCAAGGACAGGUGGAUCUCCUUGCCAUCACAGAGCGACCAAGCCACUAUGUCGUUAUCAAGCUCUGCAUGUCCCAUGAUGCUUUGCCUACGGGAUCACCUGCUCCAGCUGCAGCAGAUGUUGUGUCUUCCUCUGUUUCAGAUGUUCUGGCAGGGCCUCGCCGAGAGGCUCGACAACUUCAUCUACGAAGAUCUGAUCCUGUAUAACCAUUUCAAUGAAGGCGGGGUGGCACAGCUUCAAUACGAUAUGACCAGAAACCUCUUCCCUCUCUUUAGACACUACUGCAAGAGACCUGAAAACUUCUUCAAACAUGUGAAGGAGGCCUGCAUCAUCCUGACUCUUAAGGUCGGCCCGGCGCUGCUGUUGUGUGAUGUGCUGAAGCAGUCAGAGGAAGAUGAGGGCAUUCUGAACCAUCAGCAGCCCAGUCCAGAGUCAGCGCUCAAUGAGCUGGGAGUCUAUAAGCUGGCCCCCAGUGAUGUGCAGAUCCUCCUCAAACUCCGCUCAGCCUGGCUCAAACAAUGACAAAUCACCCGAAGCAGCACUAAGGAAGCAUUACCAAGCACUCAAACACCUGUUAUACUUACGAUAUGACUGAAUGAAAUAUCCUACAUCAGCUGAUCUACAGUAUUUAAAGUGAACUGAAGGGAAGGGAAAUAUGAAGAGUAUGUUGAUGUAAAAAAGAAAAGAAAAAAGAUUUGCUCACAUUCUUUCAGCAGAAACAAAUAA